AUGGCGAGCUCGUCUAACCCCCCGCCGCCCGCCGAGCGCGCCUCCGAGCUCAUUAACAAGAUGCCCUCAUCCCCCGGCCUCGUCACCAAAACCGGCAGCGUCAUUCUUGGCACUGGCCUCCUCGCGACCGCCAUCUCGCAGGAGCUCUACGUCGUCAACGAGGAGACCGUCAUUGCUGCCGGUUUCUUCAUCCUCCUGACAUUCAUCGCCAAGAGCGUACGAGAGCCGUACCGCGACUGGGCAGAGAACAACAUCAACCGCGUCAAGAACAUCCUUAACCAGUCGCGUCAGGAGCACACUCAAGCCGUCAAGGAGCGCAUCCAGUCCGUUGAGCAGAUGAAGGACGUCGUCUCCGUCACCGAGGGGCUCUUCGCGCUCUCCAAGGAGACUGCCAAGCUCGAGUCAGAGGCGUUUGUGCAGCGCCAGAAGGUUGUGCUUGCGUCCGAGGUCAAGUCCGUCCUCGACAGCUGGGUGCGCUUUGAGCAGCAGGAGAAGGAGAACGAGCAGGCCGAGCUCGCUAGGACCAUCAUCGCGAAUGUUCUCAAGAGCGUCAACGACGAGAAGACUCAGAAAGAGAUCCUCACGAGCGCGGUUGCAGAGAUUGAGCAGCUUGUCAAGAGCAAAGCCAUCUAG